CUUUAAACACCUAUGUACACUACCCUCAAGGAAAAUGAGUACACCUAAUUUUCUAAUUCUGCAUAAGUUCUCGUAAUUUUCAUAACAGAGACAAGACAAUUUUUUAUUUAAAAAGCUCAAAAUAAACUGUUUUUGUCAGUUUUCAAACAAUAUUUUGCCUCCAAGAAACGCAGAAUUAUGGACACAUUCGUUUCAUUGUGUAGAAAAUAAAAAAAUCUUGCGCAUUAGAAUAAAAAGGAGAUGUCACAAAAAUGCUGGUGUUUUCUUCCCAGAUGGUAUUGUAGUACCCUCAAUAAUGAUCGGUGACUUUCUGGUUAUGCUCGACAUUGAUCCACCGAGUCCUGAAUUUCAAGAAAUGGCUAGAAAGGAGCUUAGAGAGUCUCCAGAAGUGCAAAAGGAAGCAAUGUCUCGAUUACAGGAAUUGCUUAAAGCUGAAACGGACCUGCAUUGUCCAUUGGAAAACGAUGCUUGGCUUAUAAGAUUUCUAAGGCCUUCUAAAUAUUAUCCAGAAUCGGCUUGCAAACUAGUGAAGAGAUAUUAUAGUUUUAAAGCUAAGCACCCGAUUAUAUACGCAAAUCUGACGCCUAGUAAUGAGAGGAAUAUUUUUGAGCAGGAUAUCUUAAGCAUUAUGCCCAGUCGGGAUCAAUACGGCCGGCGCAUAUUAAUUUUAGAAAUAGGGAAGAAAUGGAAGGUUCAUAAAUGCAGCCUGUAUGAAAUUAUUAAAGGUUGUAUCUUACACAUGGAAGCUGCGAUCUUGGAACCUGCAACUCAGAUUGCUGGGGCAGUUCUCAUCUUUGAUUUAGGUGGAUUCUCACUUCAACAAGCUAUGCAAUUCACACCAUCUUUUGCUAAAAUAUUAGCCGAAUUACUGCAGGAUGCUAUUCCUUUGAGGAUUAGAAAUAUCCAUGUCAUCAAUCAGCCUUACAUUGUUGACAUGGUGUUCACAUUAUUUAAGCCUUUCAUAAGAGAAAAGUCAAGGUCAAAGAUAGUUUUCCACGGAACUAACCAAAAUUCCUUGCACCAGUACAUAGCACCAAAUUAUCUUCCUCAAAAUUAUGGAGGUACUUCAAAAGUUCCUAGGGUAUCAGGACGUCAAUACUUUCAAUUGCUAGUAAUGGGCGACAAAGAAUACGAGGCCAUCAACUCCUAUGGAUACAAUAAGAAGUAAUGCAAUUAAUGGAGAAAGGGAACAAGAAGAAAUUUAUUAUACAGAGUAGUAAUUCAUAUAAUUAUAGACGUCUUAUAAUCACUUCGGAAAGAUUAUAAAUAUUACUUUUUGAACCUUAGAGAUAGGACGUCCUGAUAUAGACCUUCCGAGAAUUGACGCCGUGCUGCAAGUAGGAGUAAAAGGAGCUGCUUGAAGUGAACGGCGGUCUCUCAGGCGAGAAGAAACAAAAGCAUUUUCUACGAAACGGCUCUCCAUCUGGGAAAUUCCCCACCAAAGGCCAACCCCAAAAUCGGUCCAGUAUCAGAGUUUCACAGUACAUAGAUUUACUUUAAAUGAAGAAAUGUGGAUUCAUAGCUCAUAAAAAGGAUUAGAAUGUUGAUAAACAAAACAUUGUAGUUGAUUUAGUGUUACCAUUUGUUUAUUAUUACAUGAUAGAAACAUAAGCUGAAGAAAUAUAAGAAGUAUUGGAAUACAGUAAU